AUGUUUGAUUCAACAUUCGAUUACGAUUUUACAAAUAAUAAUAAUAAUAAUAAUUCAAAUAUAAUGAAUUCAUCAUCAUUAUUAGAUUCAUCAUCAAUAUUAACAACAUUAAGUCUAACUAAUUAUAAUCGUUCAUUAGCAUUAAAAUGGAUUGUAAGAAUUAUUGGCGGAUUACUUAUAGCAAUUGGAACUAUUGGAAAUACAUUAAGUGCCUUAACACUUUCACGUAAAAAACUUCGUAUACAAGUAACAAGUAUAUAUUUGAUUGCAUUAGCACUAUCAGAUCUUGGCAAUAUUUUCUUUAGUGUACUCAAUUUUUAUCUUGUUCGUAUUAGUGAACAAAAUAAUAUGCGUUUAUAUCAUAAUAUUGCAUGUAAAUUACAUAUUUUUUUUACCUACUAUUUUAUCAAUUUAUCUCCAACAUUACUCGUGGCUGUUAGUGUUCAACGAUAUUUAGCCAUUGCCAAACAUCAUUAUUCUAAACGUCAUUGUACAGUGAAAAAUGCUUAUAUAAUUAUAACAUUAAUUGCUAUUAUUUCAUUUUGUAUACAAUUACAUUGGGGUAUAUUUUAUGAAUUAAAAAGUGUACCACGAAUAAAUAAACAAAAUAUUACCUAUAUAAAAACUGUAUGUAAUAUUAGUUCACAAUAUCCAACAUAUCUUUGGUUUCGUUCAAAUAUAGUUGGUUAUUUACAAUGGUUUUUCUUUACACUUUGCCCAUUUGUUAUUAUGUUAAUUCUUAAUUCUUUAAUUUUAAAAGUUAUUGCAUCAGCUAAACGUGUUCAACAACGAAUAAAUAAUAAAAAUCAACGGAAAAAAACCAAACAGCGUAAUAUGACAAUUAUGUUAUUAUCUGUUUCGUGUGUUUUUAUUUUAUUAACAGCACCCGCCUCAACAUUUAUGGCCUUUUCUCAUUUAUUUCAUGCACAUAGUGAAAAAUUUGACUCAUUAUGGAUUAUGUUUUCAUUAAUUUAUUAUACAAAUACAGCUGCUAACUUUUUACUCUAUUUUUUAACGGCCGAUGUUUUUCGACAAGAAUUACGAGUGAUGUUUUUUUCAUUAUCAUGUUGUAUAAAAUUAUUUGGAACACGAACAAAAAAUAGUACAACAACGAUUGUUACUGCUUUAAAUAAUGACAAAAAUCUAAUUUCAAAAAAAAAUGGAACUAUCGUAGUCGAUGAUCAUAAGAAUAUAACAAAGACAGUGAAUAGUCAAUUGCUUGUUGUACAUAAUAAUAUUUAUCAUAAUGAGGAUACACAACUUUGA